AUGGCCGACCCCAACAAGGCGGAAGGCAGCAACAACAGCAGCAUGGACCUUGCGGCGAUCGGGUGCGCCCUCCCUCCUCCGGCGGCACCACCACCCGCCACCACCACCACCACCCUGGCUCUCCGGCCAGCGACGACUCCCGGUGCCUUCGGCAUCAAAUCCGGCCGCGUGGAGAAGAAGCGGAGCGUGGCAGAAAUUCGGCAGGAACUGCUGAAGAGAAAGGGGCCAGAGCUGGCGAAAUUCGUGCGGGAGAAGAAGGAGAAGGCAGAACUCGCCGCCUUCGACGAGGAAAUCUCUGCGCUGUUCCGGGAGGAAGAGGAGAAGAAGAGAGCGGUGGCUGCCCGGGCCCUCGAGGCAGAGAGCGCUGCUUCUGCGCUUCGCCUGGAGGAGAUUGCUGCGGAGAUGCGCUCUCGCGGGAGAUGA